UUUGCAGGAAGGCUCUGUAUCGCCUGAACUAUACUCUGACUCAGACGGUAGUGGAAGCGAGAGUGAAGAACUUACUGAUGAUGAUGAAAGCUAUGAGGAUGAUUCACAGGAGGGAUCUGAUGCUGAUAGUGAUGAUGAUUUUGAUCGUGAGUCCAGCCCAACAACCAGUGAGAGCUCUCAAGUUUCUAAAUCUGGUUCCAAGUCUCCCGAAGCCGACAGCGAAGCCAGUAGGUGCUUGCCUAGAAGUCCACCUCAUACUUCUAUUCAGCAUGAUCCAGUGGAAGGAAGCAAGAGUGUUCCAGUUCAAAGUAAUGAAAUUUCAAGGACGCAAGGAAAUGAAUGUGGUGAACAAUUGGGAGCUGAACUGGCAAAAACAUCUACUUCCCAAAAGUCAAUAGAUAUACAAAGUAGACCUGCCCAAAGCAUUUGGCGCCCUGCUCUGUGGGGGCGCUCUCCUGCCAAGAAGAACCUCUCGAUGGAAUCUAUCAAUGUCCCUCUUGAUGACGUGACUGAAAUCCAAAGGCUUGAGGUCACUAAAACUGACUUGCAAUCCAAAAUUGCAGAGCAGGCCAAGGGGAAUGCCCUUCUGCAAGAAAGUAUGGAGAAUCGGAAAAAUGCAUUGCGUGAGCGUCGUCUGGCACUUGAGAAGGAUGUGGCAGAGCUUCAGGAGCAAAUGCAGAAGGAGAGGGAGUUAAGGAAACUUCUGGAAGCUGGAGUUAACAUGUCUUUGGUCACGUCACCCGUCUCUUCCAGUAUUGAUGGAAUGGAAGAGAUUGCAAAGAUUGGUCAAGCAGAGGCAGAUAUCAGUUCCAAACAGAGGGAUGAGGAUCUUAGACUGCAGCGUAAUGAACAAGGUGAACAAAAUUCCACACUUCGUCGUGAUGUGGGAAACCAACCUCAGCAAAGACUAAAUUAUCAAGGAAAAAACAGCGAUAAACAGAAGGAUGUGGAAACUAAUGCUACUUCACAAAAUCUUGAGAAGUCAACAAGAGAUGAGCAUCAGACUUGUUCAAACAAGGCAGAUUGUGACGAGGACAAGAAGCAUGAAUCUCAGUUAUCAGGAAAUAAACACCUACCUCAGAGUAAGCAAUCAGAUUCAUCAAGCAGUCCCAAAUCUUCUGUGGCUUUGGUCACUUCCUCGUCUCUGGAAGCGGGAAUGGGCAAGGGGCCUUCAACCAGUGCCAGAAAAUCUAGUUCCACAAAUGAGGAACAUCGGACUCCAGCUACAAAUGAGCUCCUAAAUCUUGACAAAGGAAAUUUUGAUCAGCCUGUCCACAACUUUGAAAGAAGUAAAGGGUCUGAAUCUCAGCACUCUCUGGACAAAUCUCCAAGUCAAACAUCUGACAAGAGUGGAUCAGAUAGCCAUCAAGUUCUUCGUAAACCAGAUCAAGGAACAAAAUCUUAAGACCUUCCAAAUUCUGAAAGAGGAAAGCCCGAGAGUUUUCCCAAGUGGGGUUGAACUCUGCUUCCACCAAGGACAUGUUUGAGACGAUGUAUCAUCGCAUAUAUUUUUACCCUAUUUUUCUACAGAAUGCCACAUGAUUAUCAGAUAGAUGCUUGUGGACCAGAUCGGAAGAUGAUGAGCAUGCUUUUUGCAUAUGAUCUUGAUUGGUCCGUUGAGAACUGAUUGUGAUGCCAAUGUUGCCUCAGUCGAAGUUCUGAGAAUUUGUUGGGCCAAAUAUGUACAGAUCAUCCAUCAGCUGAGGUGUAAUGCAUUUGUUUGCAGUGCCACUAAACCGAAUUUUGCUUGAUUACACAGCUGAUACUUUUGUUAUAGUUGUAUGUCCGGUAGAGAACGAAACAACUAUGCCUACUGGAUUAAGGUGUAAAAUUUUCUUGCAACACUUGUUUCGAGUGUCAAUUAGAGGAAUGAUGUCCCUGAAGUACCUAAGAUAAGAUAGUUUUGUUUCCAUUCAAUUGUAAAGAAAGUUGGAUGCUUCCACACUUGAGAAUUUUUGGAAGACAUGAUUAGUUAUUGCUUCAA